ACUUCCGGUAUAAUCAAUAACUGGAAAAGCAUGUUGCGAAGUGUGGCAUACAGAAAACAUCCUCGUAAAUUACAGAGGGCCUCGGGACGAGGUGGUGGGGCGGAAGGACGGGUAAAGAAACUACAAGAAAUGGUUACCACGCUCAUUCGAUAUGAAAGAAUAGAAUCGACUUUGCCAAAGUGCGAUGAAGCCAGAGGUUACACAGAACAGCUUAUAAACCUAGCAGUUAAGAAUGGCGAUAAGGACCGACACACCAUGGAGAUGGCCGACUAUUGGCUAACGGAGAAGGAUUUGAUACACAAGCUGUUCAAAGUGUUAGUUCCUCGAUACAACCACUUCUCAAACUAUAACUAUACCCAGAUGUUCAGACUCCCAAACAAGUACCCAGGCACUAAUAACUCCAGUCCAGCUGUGUUGGAACUAAAAGGUAAUCCUUGGCCACCUGUUCUUCCCAAUCAGACGACGAAAAAGAACCUGCUGACCAACAUCCUACUGAAGGAACUCUACAAAGACAUGCAGGCCACUGGGAAAGUGAGUCCCUAUAGAAACCUCAAUAGAGUGGUAUUUCCUAAUGAAUAUGAGGACAGCACCUCUGCUGGGGAGAAUGAUGACUUUGAUAGUGUGGAACAAGAUUCAUCAACAGAAUCUGGUGAACAGUUAGCUUCAACAGAAUCAAGUGAACAAUGGGCUUCAAAUGAAUCAGAAACAAACAUGGAUUCAAUGAAAUCAAGUGAACAGUUGGAUAUAAAUGGAAGUGAAUUGUGUGAUGAAGAUUUACCUAAACCUGAUGGUGACGACCAAUCAAAGAAAUGAUAGAUUUUGUCAUAUUUUGUGUAUAUUAGUGCUAUGUGUAAUAAAAUACUUAAAGUAAAAUA